GCAAAAGGAGUGAUUCUUCGCAGUCUGACUAAAAUCAAAUCAAACCCCUUCAGCCGGACCCCUCCCAGCUGUUGGGUCCACCGCUCACCGCAGAGGAUUUGAGUCCUCCCUUCAGUUGACAUUCAAGCACCCACAAAUGUCCUUCACAGAUUAGCAUCUCAUUAGAUGGUCAGCUUCACAACCUUAACCGAGUUUUUGGUUCCAAAGUAAUCUUUCAGAGGUGGCAAGUGCUCUGCCCUUUUCAAUGGGGACUUGAUACUCCAACUUAUUUCUAUUCAGAACCUUAUUGCCUUGCCAGGUGACUCACUUUUUUGAAUGAUUUAAUUUCCUUUGAUCAUCUUUUUUCCUUAAUCUUCACUAACCCAAUCCCCCAAACAAGUACCUCUCCUCACUGAAAAUCAAUAGGCAUCUCCAUCCAUCCUUGUUAAACACACACAUGAAUCUCAAAAUGCUUUCAUGGUUCCUCUUCUUCUUCCUAUUCUUGCAAAUAGUUUUGAGGUCAGCCUGUGACACUACCUUCACCCUUGCAGAUGCCGCAGGUUCUGAACUUUCAGAAAAUAAUGGAGGAACAGAGUCUGAGGGUUCAAAUGCAAGGAUAGAGAUAGAUAAAGAAACAAGGGAAAGAAUAUCUGAGGAAGUGAAAAUGGUGCAUACAAAGGUACGGAAGGGGUCCCCAGCUAGCUCUCGCAAUUUACGUCGGCCUCGUCAUAGUGGUGCUGCAUCCACCUACCCAGCAAGCUCAUCUUUAGUAAUUGGUGUGGUUCUGCAAGUCAGCAUUGGAUUACUACAAGUCUUCAGUUCCUUCUUUUGAUCACGCGAAAGAGGUUUCCAUGGUUCUCAUCUGUUGUUACUUGUAUAAUUAAUCAACCAACAAGCAAGAUCAUACUACUGCUAUAAUAGAUGUUCUCUUCUUCA